AUGAGAAAAUUAACAUACUUCGUGUUGGCCUCGAAAACCUUACGCCCGGGUCAGGUAUACCGGGUGUCGGUGACAGUCUAUCGAUCAAAUUUACCCAUAACUGUGAGGGCAUCCAUACAGAGGAAUGGCGUCGAAGUGACCGCUUCUGUCCAGGAAUGCAAAGAACGCAUUCCGGAGACACUUCUCCUUCGGGUUCCGCCGACUUCCAGACCUGGCGUUUAUAAACUCCGAGUGGAGGGGAAUGUGAAUGGAGUGCUCGGCGGCACAGCUUUCUAUAAUGAGACUUAUCUGGAGUUCUCUCAGCGAUCGAUGACUAUAUUUGUCACCACAGAUAAGCCAAUCUAUAUGCAGGGACAGACUGUCCGCUUUAGGGCCAUACCUAUCACCACUGAUUUGAAAGCAUUCUCCGAUGCCAUUGAUAUCUAUAUGCUUGACCCGAGAGGUGCUAUUAUGAGGAGAUGGCUCUCCAGACAAAGCAAUUUAGGAGCUGUGAGUCUUGAAUAUCCAUUGUCUCAGCAACCGGUUUACGGACAGAAUUGGACUAUCCGUGUGGUAGCGCAGGGACAGGUCGAAGAGAAACAGUUUGCUGUCGAAGAAUAUUAUCAGACGAGGUUUGAAGUGAACGUAUCGAUGCCGGCUUUCUUCCUCCAAACAGACAGCUAUAUAUACGGCUCUAUUAUGGCUAACUUCACGAGUGGUGUACCAGUGAUCGGCAAUCUUACAAUAGUCUACACACUUCUCUCGUCCAACAAACAAAUGGUUUCGCAAAAUUAUUUCGAUAGGCCGGCCAUUGAGACCACAGAACGAUAUUUUAAAGGAUAUUAUGAAUUUCGGCGCCCAAUGACUGAAAUCAUAGACCAAUUGGGCGGCGGGUCGGCGCUCGACGGGGCGAAGAUUACGGUCACGGCGUUUGUUGGCGAACGCUUCUUAAACCUGAUCUAUUCAGGUCACGCCCGCGCCUACAUCUUCAGCUCCAAAGUGAAGCUCAAACUGUUGGGCGCUUCGCCACAAGUGUUCAAACCUCCGAUGCCUUUCAAAGCAUACGCCGCCGUCUCCUUCAACGACGGAUCGCCCCUUCCUUUCGAUCGUCUUAUUUACGAGAAACUGGAGGUUCGCGUCAAAGUCCAGUUCAACCGUCUGGGCUCUAAGAUGUUGCCCCCGAUGCAAGUGCCCAUGUCUUUGAACAAUCCGGGUCUUUGGGAGAUCUCAAUCAACUUAAAAGAGGAACUUAAUAGCAAACAACUUAUAGAAGACGUGCAAUACUUAUCGCUCGACGCCUUCUUCAGAGAUGCCAACGGAGAGACUAUUCGCGCCCAAGAGCUCAGGGCUUACGGCAGUUAUUCGCCGACCGAACGCUUGAUUCACAUCUCGACGUCUACUAAACAGCCCAGAGUUGGCGAAUACAUUAUAUUUCACGUCCGAACCAAUUAUUACGUGAAACUAUUCUCGUAUGUAAUCAUUUCGAAGGGAGUGGUUCUCAUCAACGGUAGGGAAGAGAUGUCUUCAUCCAUAAAGACAUUUGCGGUCAGUUUGUCGCCAGAAAUGGCGCCGACGGCCACUAUAGUAAUCUACGAUAUCGCUCGCGGCAGUGAAGUUGUGGCCGAUUCGCUGACAUUCCCAGUGGACGGCAUUUCGCGCAAUAACUUUACGGUUACUCUUAAUAACAGGAAAGACAAAACGGGUGACACUAUCGAAGUGGUAGUGUUGGGACAACCGGGUACUUAUGUAGGCCUUUCAGCGCUCGACAAAGAUCUAUCUCUAUUACAAGUCGGUAAUCAAAUAAACUAUGCGGACGUCUUAAGAAAGAUGAGCACAUUUGACCCAUCAGUCACUGCCAGGAAUGGGACGCUAACUCAUCUCUGGCUCUCGAGAGAGGGACGCGUCGAUCGAUUCCUUCAUUUUCCGUCGCCUUCCUAUGGAAUCGACGCAAACAAAACAUUUGAUAGCGCUGGUCUGGUUAUCUUCACCGACGCUAACGUAACCCAAAAGUAUGAUAAUUGCAAUCAAACGCUGGGCUUCUUCUCCUGUUUGGACGGAACCUGUUAUCACACGUCAAAGACUUGUGACGGAAAGUACGACUGCAGGGAUGGCACAGACGAGGGCUCGUGCCCAGAAAAGGAUGACUACAAUUUGGUUCAGUUUAGGAUGAGUCGUACCAAUCGAUUGCAGCGUUUGUAUGACAACACUUGGCUCUGGAAAGACAUUAACAUUGGACCGCUCGGAUAUUUUAUAUUCAAAAUUCCCGUCACCAACGCUCCGGUCACUUGGAUUGUCAACGCGUUCGGUAUGUCGAGCACCAGUGGCUUUGGUAUCCAACAGUCAAACAUCGAGUACUCGAGUGUCCGACCGUUUUAUAUGAACGUUGAGAUGCCGUCGGUUUGUGUGAUUGGGGAACAGAUAGGCGUUCGGAUCAGUAUUUUUAAUUACUUGCCGUACGAGAUAGAAGUGAUUGUAGUGUUGGCCCGAUCUUACGAUUAUAAGUUCGUUCACGUCGAGUCCUUUGGCAGAGUUCAGUCUUACAAUCCGCGGACAUCCUAUGGACAGCACCAGCACUUGAUUCUGAUAUAUCCGGGCAGAACAUCAGUGGUUUAUAUGCCAAUAGUUGCCCAACGAUUGGGUGAUAUAAAUGUUACAGUUAUGGCCAAAACACAAGUGGCCAAAGAUGCUGUGACCAAAACGCUGAGAGUAGAACCGGACGGCGUUCCGCAGUUUACGCACACAGCGGUUGUGUUGGACUUAUCUCAAGGCGCAUACCUUAUCAAGUAUUUGGAGACUAAUGUCACCGAAAGUCCAAUCAUACCAUACCGUCAGGAAAGGCGAUACGUUUUCGGCUCAAACAAAGCCAAGAUAUCAGUGGUGGGCGAUGUCGUGGGCCCCGCCUUCCCCUCUAUGCCAAUGAACGCGACCUCAAUGUUGCGAAAACCGUUUGAUUGCGCCGAACAAAACAUAGACAAUUGA